AUGAAUGCAGUAGUCCGAAUUUUGAGGUAUUUGAAGUCUGCACCAGGAAAAUAUUCAAACUGGGAAGGAAAAGGGAUAAGAGGAGAUCAACGUCUGUCAGCAAUUAAGAUUGUUGAUAAUCCAGUUCAGCAUGAUAGAACGAAACAUGUAGAGAUUGAUCGGAACUUUAUUUAUGAGAAACUGGAAGGGAAGAUUAUUGAAGUUCCAUACGUUAAGACUACUGAACACUUGGCGGAUAUGUUGACCAAGGCUAUAUCAAAUCACGCCAUUACAGAUUCACUUGUGAAGUUGAGCAUGUGCGAUAUCUAUGCACCAUCUUGA